AUGGCGUCGGCGGUAAAAAAAGGAGAUAAGCGCGCGCUGUACGUGGGCGGCCUGGACAAGCAAGUGACAGGGCAAACACUGUUCACAGCCUUCUUACCUUUUGGUCCUAUUAAGGGCGUGCAGAUUGCCAUGGACUACGCCGCGCAGAGAAGCAAAGGCUUUGGCUUCGUUGAAUUUGUAGACGAAAUGGAUGCCAGAGCUGCUAUUGACAAUAUGGACGAGUCCGAGCUGUUUGGAAGGACGUUGCGAGUCUCCAUUGCCAAGCCAGAUCGACCCAAACUUGGCUCCAACAAACCAGUGUGGGCGGAGGCCGAUGAAGCGAUGGAUGGUACGAGCGAGUCAACUUAG